AUGGAUGUUUUGGCGAAUCACAGUAUUUUCCAGGAACUUCAGCUCGUUCAUGACACCGGCUACUUCUCUGCCAUGCCUUCGUUGGAGGAAAACUGGCAGCAGACCUGUCUGGAGUUGGAGCGUUACCUCCAGACAGAGCCCAAGCGUCUGUCGGAGCUCUUCGACCAGGACCUGGACGGCCUCCUCACCCCGGCCUACCUGAAGGAGGACAGCGAGGAGGAACUUUCAGACGGCCUCCUCCCGAGCCUCCCCGGCUUACCCGAGCCCCCCAGCCCGCCACCCGCACUCCUUUGCCCCGCCCGGAAGACCCUCCCCUCCCCGGGCGCGACCAAAAGGGACCUGAAACCGAGGGCCCCUGGGCCGGACGGUGCGGAGGCCGCAGAGGGGGUCCACCAGGCCCAGCUGAGCGCCGUUACCUCCCUCACGCCGCCCUCGUCCCCAGAGCUGGGCCGCCACCUGGUGAAACCGAGCCAGACGCUGACAGCGUCGGCCGACGGGACGCUCACCCUCAAGCUGGUGGCCAGGAAGGUGGGCCUGAGCGCUGCCCGCCUGGUGGCGGCGCAUGCCCUUCCCGUCCGGGUGAAGGAUGAAGAGGAGGGUGCCACCUGCGUCAUCGGCCUGGGGGAGCUACCGGAGAACAAGAGGAGGAUCCACCGCUGUCAGUUCAACGGCUGCAGGAAGGUUUACACCAAGAGCUCCCACCUAAAGGCACACCAGAGGACACACACAGGUGAGAAGCCCUACAAGUGCUCAUGGGAGGGCUGCGAGUGGCGGUUCGCCCGGAGCGACGAGCUGACGAGGCACUACCGCAAACACACCGGUGCCAAGCCCUUCAAGUGCAACCACUGUGACAGGUGUUUCUCACGGUCGGAUCACUUGGCGCUCCACAUGAAGAGGCACAUCUGAGGCGGAGGAAUUUGAGCGAGGUCAGCAUGAGCGGAGGAGAGGAGAGAGGAGGAUGGAGGUGGAGAGGAAGAGCGAGAGAGCAUUAUCUACACAAACACACACAAACACACGCAAAAAGCAACGAAAGGAAAAAAACAAAAACAAAAAAAACCUCACAGACCCAAAAACACCGUUACUGAGAGACCCACAC